CCUCCUCCGUGGUCUGUUCGGCAAUAAUGUCAACCACCAUCACGACCCCACGAACUAUUAUAAAUCAGCUAAGAGUGACAUAUCCACACAAUUAUAUUUCCAGGGGAGCCUGCGCGAGCGGCCGCCUCAGGCACGUAGGUCGACGGGGAUCCGGGACCUCAGUGAUCCUCGAGCAGGCGACGAGGGAGGAGCUGUGCCGCGCCGCCCUGGCACUAUCACCACCCCCCUACCCCUCCUGUAUCUGCCGGGCCACACCACCGCACCUCACGCACUCCAAUCGAGGCCCCGCCCUCACGCAUCCACUUCAUCCGUGUUUCAUCCGUGCCAUCACCCUCGGAUACCCGCUGGUCAGGCCGAGGCACGGUGACUGUGGGUGCAGCGAGUGUAUGUGGAGGCAGGAGCCUGACACCCCCGAACACGAGCGACACGCAAUAUUAAAGUGGCUCCUUGAGUGUUUGCCUAACCGUGGAGAUAAUAAUUGACGUGAACCCACCCCCGUCGCUCCCCGCAGGACCGUGUGUCGCGAGGGUGGCAGGCGUGUGUUAGUGUGUGUGUUUGUGUGUCUGUGUGUGUGUAUGUGUAUAUGAAUGUGCAUGUAAGAGGCAGGCACCAGAUUGCGUGCGUGGAUGCGUGCAAGUGUGAGCAGAGGUGACAAGGCGUGUGUGACUACAAGUAUGCCACCGGGCGCGCCGUGACCUGCCUGCAUCAACAGACACACGCAUCUGGAGAUCCGCGGGACACAUCCUAGCGCACCUCUGUACCGCGCCUGCUGCAGCGCCACCAGGAGGAAACCCAGGAAGGAAGCCAGUGUACCCGAAACAUUUCCACAGUGUACCCGAGGCCAGCCACCACCACCUGUCGCCGGCAUCUCAAGGUUGCGAGCGUCGAUUGCACCACCUCGCCUCCCGCCACGACCUCGCCAUCACUUCACCUGCGCCUGCCAACCAACCCGCAAGCUCACCCUCCCUCUCUCUCUCUCUCUCACACACGCACUCGUACAAACAAGCCCAGAAACAGCGGUGGAAAAAUAUCAACAGUGGCGAGGCAGGGAUUGCUUAGCGGCGAGGAAAUAAAGCAGAAGUGAAUGUUGUAGCCAUGGAGAAGCGUGGGUCCAGGCAGCAGGCAGCAGAGGACUCCAGUUAUCCUUGGGAGAGGCAGCAAGUGGGAUAAUUCCAGACCGAGGGAAACUGCUCAGCUUGCAUUGCCACCACCACCACCGCCGCCGCCGUUGCCGCCGCCACCACCAGGCUUCCCACUUUCUCCGGGGCGAGCCAGAUGAAGCACCUCACACAAGGGCUUCCUCCCGGGCCAACGAGCCUCUGAACUGGAACAAUUUGGAAGGCAGGAAUCGUUGUGGCGCGGAGAAAGUCUUGUCAGAAAUCCCGGCAAAGUGGUGCGUUCCGAGCCACAGGUUUCCGCCACGAGAAAGAGAGAGAGAAGAGACCGCGAGGUUUAUUGCGUUGUUUUUUAUUUUUCAUGUGAAAUAUAAUACCGCUAACAAGAAGAAGAAGGACAAAAGUGAGAAGAGUCAGCUUGGUGCGGUGGAUGACAACAGUGCAGCAACUGUGUGUCAACUAAUCACGUGAUUUGAUGUGAGAAUCCCUGACUCCACCCUUGUUAGCGGCGCUGCAUCUGCUGGCAAAGAAAACACUAAUAGCACUGACAGAUACCAGCAAAACAGUAAGGUGGAAAAAUAUCAACCUUGCCUCUUGAUCCUCCCCCGUCCCUGCCCGCACCUCCGCUCCCCGCCCCUUCUCAACCAGUGACCUUUAGCGUUUCCCGAGCAGCGAGACGCCCACCGCCACCCGCCAGCUGUUCCUUGGCCUCUCCACGCCAACAUGUCACUGCCACCACGUGCACUGCUGGUGGUGGUGGUUGUGGUGACGGCGGUGGUGGUGACGAGGGUGCACUGCCAGGUCACCACACUGCACCACUCACUCACCACACCCUCCGCUUCUAUAACAGCGACGACAACUACAAGUACGACCGCUACCACUGCUACUAAGACUACUAGCGGAGACAUGGCCACGCCCCACCCAGUCUCCGCAGCAACGUCCUCCUCUUCUUCAUCCUCCUCCUCUUCCUCCUCCUCCUCCUCCUCCUCCUCCUCUUCCUCUUCCUCCUCCUCCUCAGAGCUAUUUACAACGUCCGCUACAGCUCCCUCCCACCUCCUUUCAGCCGCUGCUAGUAUCACCUCCUCUUCCUCCUCUUCUUCUUCUUCUUCUUCUUCUUCUUCUAUCUCCAGUGCCAUUCCACAAGUCCCUUCCACAUCCUCUGCGCAUUCCACAAAAGUACCUCCUCCACCCGCCACAACACCUCCUCCUUCCUCAACAGAUAUUUCUUCCUCACUUUUCAUUUCUUCAUCCACUUAUCCACCUCUCACCACGACCUUCCCGCCACUUAGCUCACCGCACACCAUCCUUUCUCCUCCCUCUUCCCCUCCUGAUCCUCCUCCACUCACAGCUCCUUCUUCUCCAUCCACCGACCCACCGCCAGCUACAGUUUCUCCGUCUUUCACUCAUCCACCUUCCACUAAAGUCCCUCUCCCUUCCACUGAUGCACAUGCUAUCACAGACUCGCCCAUUGCAUCCACUACAACGUAUUCCACAUCAUUUACUGUAGUGCAACCUAUGCCCACCACCACAGUCCCUCCACCUCUCUCCACCACCGCUCCUCCACCUCUCACAACCACAGCACAGUCGCUACCCAUCACCACAGCAGCUCCACACUCCUCCCUCGCCACAGACACAGACUUACCGCCCUCCACCUCCGAUCCACCUCCUUCUGUCCCGCCGUUACCAUCCACUAAGGUGUUCUAUCCACCCCCUACACUUCCACCAUCGCCGGUAACCAGUAAGGCUUCACCAACACCCACCUCCACCUCAUCUUUACCCUCCACCACAGCCCCGCCGCCACUCACACCCACCACAACCCCUCCACUCUCCACCACACUUACUUUAUCCUCCACCACAGCCACAAUACAAGUCGCCAGCCACCACCACACCACGACCACGCAGCCACCACCUCCAUCUGUAGCCUCCACCACCACCGCUCCAUCUCCAUCACCCUCACCAUCUUCCACACCCCCACCACCACCCGUUACCACCACCACCACCACCACCACCACCACCACCACCACCACACCGCAGGAAUACCCCCGGAGUCUCAUGUACGCAAGCCACCUCCGUCAGCGUCCCUACUUCCCUGCCUUCAGAAGCACCUCCUCUCCCAUUUCCUCUCUCCCUUCUCCUUCCAUCCAUCCAGCCUCCUCGUUAUCUUCCUCCUUCCUCUCCUUUCACCUCUCCUCAUCCUCAUCUUCCUCCUCCUCCUCAUCUUCCUCAUCCUCCUCUUCCUCUUCUUCCGCCUCUCGCUCCCCCGUCAGGAUUGAAAGAACCAUCCCCUCCACGCCUCCUCCUCCACCUUACUUCGACCCAGCGGCGCCUACCAACAUCUCGGCGCAGCUUGGGACUCACGCCUACCUUCCCUGCAGGAUUCGCAACCUCGGAAACCAGUCGAUCUCGUGGGUGAGGAGCCGUGACUCACACAUCCUCACCGUGGACCAUUACACCUUCAUCUCCGACCAGCGCUUCCAGGCGUGGCACGAGCCGGACUCUGAGACAUGGACGCUGCAGGUGAAGUACGUGCAGGAGAGAGACGCCGGCCGAUACGAGUGCCAAGUGUCCACGGAGCCUAAGAUGAGCCACUUCGUGCGUUUCCACGUCGUCACGCCCUUGAUUCGCAUCCCCGGGGGCCCAGACAUCUUCGUCAAGAGUGGCAGCACCGUCACCAUCAAGUGUAUCAUUACCGCCGCCCUGGAGCAGCCUGACUACAUCUUCUGGUACCAGGGCCAGAAGCGGGUAGUGAACGGCGAGAAUGGUGGACGGCGGGUGGAGCUGGAGCGUCUGUCGGGGGAAGCCACUGAGGGCACGCUGAUCAUCCCGGCAGCCUCGCCCAGAGACCAAGGCGACUACACCUGCGCCCCCGCCACCCUGCCCAACGCCACAGUCACCCUCCACGUCCUCAACGGAGAGCAUCCGGCGGCCAUGCACGGAGGAGGGCCCCAGAGCAGACCCUCCCCGUCCCCGCUCUUCCUGUGCUGCCUGCUAACCUGCUGGCUGCUGGGACGCCGCACCUGCUGCCCCCUGCCGCCCUCGCUGUGCCCCAGGUGAUCUCAGCGGCAGGUGGGACAUCCCUAGGCGACACAAGUACUUCCUUAAGGGAGCAAGAACGAGGGGCGCCGGCAGAGUCAGGCCACACCGCGGACCUGCAUAAUAACGGUGAUGUGGCGCCUCGUUGAACCUUCUAUUUUUGUAUCCUGUUAAAAGAGUGUGAUUUACUCGACCUGCGUGACCUCUGUGAGCUGUCUGUGGCUUCGUGCGAGUGAGUGUUGAAGGAGACGCUUUCAGUCGUUAAGGUGAGGGCGCCGUGGCCUUCACCAGGUGUAAAUAAACUGCAGUGUCCGCGCCGCUCACCAGGACCGAGUGACGGACGCAGAAUCAAGGGAAAGACAUCCAUGAUGGUGAAAUUUCUGGUGUGACGUUGAGAGAUAAGUGACUUUCUCAAAACAUAGAGAGAGAGAAAAAAAGAUCAUAAAAAAAGUUGUUUGAAAAUUUCAUGAAACUACUGUGUAAUUAACUAGUUUUCUUGCUCCCAAGGAGGAAUGAGCGGACUGUGGCAGACUGAGGGAGAGACUGAAGCAGCCUCACCCCGCCCCGCUCCGCCCCAUCCCGCCCCACCACCACCCCCUCCCCGACACACUGUAUUGAAUAAAGGGACCUGUUUUCUUUUAUAAUUAUCUACAUCUAUGAAUAAAAAAUGCAUAAUUUACAGCACUGUCAUGAAGAGUCAUCACAAAACAUCACCACCUUCACACUUCACACUGGUCAUGUCAUCACUAUCCUGCUCAUCUCAUCACCACCACCACCACCAUCACCGUCAUGCUCACCGCCACAGCCAGUACAAUCAGCACCACCCGUCAUCCUCACCAUCCUCACCACCACCAUCAUCAUAAUAAUCAUUUCGUCCCAUGAGUCAUUGUCGUUUAUUUAUCCGACUUAUUCCCUGUGAUUACUGAAAUACGACUCUAAUUAAUUAAUGAGAAUAGACGUUGCUGUGCUGCCAGGUCUCUCUCCCCCCUUCUGACCUGCUCACCUCCCCCCCACUCACCCUCCCACACCCAGCCACCCUCAACACAACAUUGCACCUCCUCCACUAGUCCAGACAUUCCACCCCCACAGCAGCACCACCACCUCCUGUUCCUCCUCCUCCUCCUCCUCCUCCUCCUCCUCUUGCGUUGCCCCGUCACACUUCGCUGGUGGCUCCCCUUUCGUUCCAUUGGCUCUCAUUAGUUGCUCACGAGGUAGUAAUGAUAAUGAUGGGACGAGUGACCUGUUCUGUUCUUGGCUCAAUAUCACAACGGAGAAGUCAUUUAGAGAGUGCGUGCGUCAAGGCUCUUUGGAAGGUGAGAUUAUUCCAAGUCACACACACACACACACACACACACACACACACACACACACACACACACACACACACACACACACACACACACACACACACACAUUACACACACACACCUUAAUAACACCACCUAGCGUUACCUGUGUAGUCACGUGGUUCUCCCUUCAGUCUGUAGAUACAUUUAGAAAUCAAUUAAAAAAAUGUUAACCCGUGUGUGUCCCUCCCCUCGAGUCCUCCCGGUCAUUUUACGAGUCUAUUUUGUAUACUGUGACAAGUCCUUUGGGGUUUGCGGACUGUUUCGAAUCUAUACACAUGCAAACCCGGACCCCACCCCCACACCCACCUCUCGUGCGUCCCUGUGAGCCCCGCCGCAGCGAGCACCAAGGCCGCCCAGGUGUCCCAGUGGUGUUGGAUCCACGAGGGUGUGUGAGAGUGUUCUGCAGAGCGUGACAUUCCUCAAGUGAUGACUCGGCUGUGUAAAAGUAUAUUAGGAUGCGAGUAGUGUAGAUGGUGUGUGCGAGACUACGUGGAUAAGACGCGGCCACCCCACCAUUCCCUCCCCCAUGCACACGUGUGGGGGUGACAAACGAAAACGAUUAGACCAGAGCCCCGCCAGGUCGGCCGUGCAGGCUGCGGGGACACGGGCACUCUGGAACACAUUUCUAAAGCUUUUGGUGUUAUGAGGUGAUCCGGCUUGACUCUCCACAAGCACCUGGCAGGAAGUGGUCAUAUCCUUUUCUAUUUCACUUAGUUGACUGUUCAUUUCCAGCCUGGCCGGAGCCGGGCAGCCAUGUAACACUCAUAAGGCAUAUUUGUUAAACAAUUUUGUCAUGUAAAAAUGUGUUGAAAUACAGUUGAAAGCUUCGUA